AUGACGCCCGCUGGAAUUGUGGGUUGUACCCAGUUGCUGGAAGCGCUGCUGCUGCUGUUCCUGGAGCAUCCUCCUGCUUCUGCUGCUGCACCGUCAACGGGAGCAGGCGAAUACGAUUACCUCUUUAAAUUACUACUCAUUGGUGAUUCCGGCGUUGGCAAGUCAUGUCUUUUGCUUCGUUUCGCUGACGACACAUACACCGAAUCAUACAUUUCUACUAUCGGCGUGGAUUUUAAAAUCAGAACGGUUGAACUUGAAGGCAGGACCGUCAAGUUACAGAUCUGGGAUACAGCUGGCCAAGAACGUUUCCGAACCAUUACAUCAUCGUACUAUAGAGGCGCACAUGGCAUUAUUGUGGUCUACGAUGUCACCGACCAAGACAGUUUUAAUAACCUCCAGAUGUGGCUCAAAGAGAUAGAACGUUAUGCAGCUGAAGGCGUCAGUAAACUGGUUGUCGGCAACAAGAACGACUUGACCGAUAAAAAGGUCGUUGAUACUACUGCGGUCAAGGAGUUCUCAGAGUCAACGUCAAUCCCGUUCCUCGAAACUUCGGCCAAGGACUCAACCAACGUUGAGCAAGCGUUUUUGACGAUGGCAAAACAGAUCAAGGAUAGGAUGGGAAGUGCAACUAUCAACAACAACCCCCAGCAAACGGUCAGAGUCUCGCCUGGUGCAUCCGUGCAACCUGCCCAGGGCGGCGGUUGCUGUUAA